AAGCCACUGAGCAUUUUUUGGAGCGUCACUGAAAAGAGCUCUACUUCCUUUCCUUCUUUUGCCAAGCAGUUAGACGCUUCCACAAAGCAAGGCAUUUCGCCACCGCGGUUCCUUUUUUUUUAAAAGAAGCCUUUCCGGUGAUUUUAUGCCACUGCGUGAGGAUUCUGAAAUAACUUUGCUGGCCCCUGAGAAAUCCGAAGGAGCUAUGGGCACUUUACGCGAUCUCCAGUACGCGCUGCAGGAGAAAAUCGAGGAGUUGAGGCAGCGAGACGCGCUCAUUGAUGAGUUGGAGCUAGAGCUUGACCAAAAAGACGAAUUGAUACAAAAGCUGCAAAACGAACUGGAUAAGUACCGUUCCGUCAUCCGACCGGCCACUCAACAAGUCCACAAGCAGAGCGUUCUGCAGGAACAGCAACGGACGAAGAGACAAGCCAUAUCCGCCGAGCCUACCGCCUUUGACAUUCAAGAUCUCAGUCACGUCACCCUUCCCUUCUACCCGAAGAGUCCUCAGUCUAAAGAGCUGAUCAAGGAGGCCAUCUUGGACAACGACUUCAUGAAAAACCUGGAGAUGUCUCAGAUCCAGGAGAUCGUGGACUGCAUGUAUCCCGUCGAGUAUGGCAAAGAGAGUUGCAUCAUCAAGGAGGGGGAUGUGGGCUCUUUGGUUUAUGUGAUGGAAGAUGGGAAAGUGGAGGUGACGAAGGAAGACGUGAAGCUGUGCACCAUGGGACCGGCCAAGGUGUUCGGCGAACUAGCCAUCCUCUACAACUGCACCCGAACUGCCACCGUCAAGACUCUGACCAAUGUGAAGCUGUGGGCCAUUGACCGCCAGUGUUUCCAGACCAUCAUGAUGAGAACUGGCCUUAUCAAGCAGACAGAAUACAUGGAGUUUCUCAAGAGUGUUCCAACUUUUCAAGGCCUUCAAGAGGAGAUUCUCAGCAAGCUGGCAGACGUGCUCGAAGAGACCCACUAUGGAGAUGGGGAGUACAUCAUCAGACAGGGGGCGCGAGGAGACACUUUCUUCAUCAUCAGCAAGGGGAAGGUGAACGUCACACGAGAAGACACACCCAGUGAUACACCAGUCUACUUGCGAGGGCUUGGCAAAGGAGACUGGUUUGGGGAGAAAGCCCUUCAAGGGGAGGACAUUCGAACGGCCAAUGUCAUCGCAGCGGAAGCCGUCACCUGUCUGGUCAUCGACAGAGACUCAUUUAAACACCUGAUUGGGGGUCUGGACGAUGUCUCCAACAAAGGUUAUGAAGACACAGGAGCCAAAGCCAAAUACGAAGCAGAGAACGCCUUCUACUCCAACCUGAAGCUGGCAGACUUCAAUAUCGUCGACACCCUCGGGGUUGGAGGCUUCGGCCGCGUGGAGCUGGUUCAGCUCAAAAGUGAGGAGACCAAAACGUUUGCGAUGAAGAUUCUGAAGAAGAGGCACAUUGUGGACACUCGGCAACAGGAGCACAUCCGCUCCGAGAAGCAGAUCAUGCAAGAGGCUCACUCCGACUUCAUCGUGAGAUUGUACAGGACGUUUAAAGACAGCAAGUACCUGUACAUGCUUAUGGAGGCCUGUUUGGGAGGAGAACUAUGGACCAUACUGAGGGACAGGGGUUCAUUUGAGGACGCCACAACACGGUUUUACACAGCCUGUGUAGUGGAAGCAUUCGCUUACUUGCAUUCCAAAGGAAUCAUUUACCGGGAUCUGAAGCCAGAGAAUCUUAUCCUGGAUCACAGAGGCUAUGCCAAGCUGGUAGAUUUUGGUUUUGCCAAAAAGAUUGGAUUUGGCAAGAAGACGUGGACUUUCUGUGGCACGCCGGAGUAUGUAGCACCAGAGAUCAUCCUAAACAAAGGUCAUGACAUUUCAGCAGACUACUGGUCCCUUGGCAUCUUGAUGUAUGAGCUGCUGACAGGAAGCCCGCCUUUCUCGGGACCUGAUCCAAUGAAGACAUACAACAUCAUUCUGAGAGGUAUUGACAUGAUAGAAUUUCCAAAGAAGAUCACCAAGAAUGCUGGCAACCUAAUCAAGAAACUAUGCAGGGACAAUCCCUCGGAGAGGCUAGGAAAUUUGAAAAACGGCGUCAAAGACAUCCAAAAGCACAAGUGGUUUGAGGGGUUUAACUGGGAAGGCUUGAGGAAGAUGACCCUAGCUCCUCCAAUCAUCCCUGGGGUUUCAUCUCCAACCGACACAAGCAACUUUGACAGUUUCCCGGAGGACAGCGAAGACCCACCUCCAGACGAUAACUCAGGGUGGGACACAGACUUUUAAACUGUGCCUGCCUCUCCAGAGACUGACCACACACAUCACCCCCGACACAUUUACCCACCCCCCAGUCUCCAGUCCCACCCAUGCAGGAGAGUUUUUAAAACUGUGAGUGAUUGAUUGUGUGCUGGAGAGGGACUGGUUCUUCUGUGCGCGCAAGGACUACGCCACACAUUAGCUGACGAGUCUAACGAACGCCAGUGACAAGAUGGAGGACACAUGGAGAUAAAGCGGAGAGAGGGGGAGUGGGGGAAGGAACCAGAACUUAACUUGCCCACACGAGUCGACCCAGGUGCCUUGGCCCAUGCUCUAUCUCUCUCUCUCUCUCAAUCUCUCUCUCUCUCUCUCUCUCUCUCUCUGUCACUCACUUUCUCUCUCGAUCCAUGAGGCAUUGGGAUGCCAUCACUGAUCCAUUCCCAUCACCUUUGUCAUCUUGACCACAACUCAUCAUCCUCACCCCUCCCCAUCGCCAUCAGCCAUCUCAUCCCAGGCCAGGGGUGGAGAGUCAAACGCAGCAGACUGCCCGCUUCUUAUUUAUUAAUUUCAAUCGCCGCCAUCAAUACUGUUUCCAGCGGCACAGCUACGAGACCCACAAUUGGAGACUUUUCCCCCUUCCUAAAGAUUUCCACACACUUUUCUUUCUGAUCCUACACAAUGCUUGAGUGCUUGACAUCCUUGCCAUGGUAUAGCUGUGUGCCCAUGAGCUGUAGCAGCAAUACUCUGUGAUAACAUUUGCAAUGGGACUGGCCCCUGGAUAGAGUAAUAAAGUCUCCAUGCUGUGCCCUGAUAUUGAAGCCAGUGGACAUUAAGUGGGGACUAGUGAUGACGUCAUAUGUAUAUAUUGGAUUGUUUUGUUUUUUUUUUAAUGAGGAAAGUCACAAGGGAAGAAAUUAAUUUAGAAUUUAGAAAAAUACAUGAACUCUCUCUAAAAAGUAAUAACUCAAAUAAAAUAGAGUCAAUAAAAAUGUUUGAUUGGAAUUUACCUGUGCCAAUACAGCGGGUGAGAGAUAAACAAAACAAAAGAAAAGACUUGAACAACGUCUGAAAUAAAUGAUUUUGGGUAUUGUAGGAGGCCUACCUAAGCUCACCACCAGGAGGCAGACAUUGACCAGAGGAUUGGUGAAACCCAACGACUUUCAGUAGCCUAGCUCAACAGCAAACCAUCAUGACAAAACACUACAUACUAGAGUUGACUACAUGAACCCUAACACUACAUUACAAGACCAAUAACACAUUUCCACUAUCCUUGUAGUUCAAUCCUUUUUUAGUUUAGUUUCUGGUUCGAAUCUGGCCUUCAUCUAGUCUCCAUAUCCAUAUCAUCCUCACUCAAACAUAAAACAAAGAAACAAGUGAAUUCUUGGAGAUUUUCAUAUCAUGAACCCAUGAAGAAACUGUGCUGGAAUACAAACGAGGAACUAUUAUUAUUUAUUGUAGGACCAGAGGUAAAUAUUGUGUUAAUAAUAUUCAGUACUGAUAUUUUGUGAUACUGCUAGAACAAUGUCUUGUUAGAGUAAAAUAUGAUUUUUUUUCCAACUAUUGGUGGUUUUGUGUUUUGUUUGUUAUUUUUGUCUUUAAAAUAUUCAAUUUCCUCCUCAUGUUACCUCUUGUAGGUAACCUACCACUCACCCACACUUCUGCGUUCACCUCAUGGCUAUUGGCAUCAGUGAAAGUGCCUUAAAUUUUCGUGGCAUCCAAAAUAUCUUCUUGUCUUUGAUCGAUGCUGCAUGAGCAAUGUCCAACCACUCAGAAAUGUCCUUACUUUGCUUUGCUUUUAUAAACGGUUCAGCUAUUUAUAUGCCUUUUUCUUACAAUAAAAGACAACUUUCAAAUGUG